AAAGAGCUAGUACACGUCAGUUCCAGUCAGGCUGUACGGCAAAUCCGGGACGCUGUGUUGUGUCUCGCAAAAAGAAUGGAGGGCGGAGAGAUAUAUAGGGACAACCAACCCGAAACUGACCCCAGUACGGUCACAAACCCGUACACGAAGACGAAACACCAGCUGGAACCUUCCCACCGGCCCAAAGGAAAGUGCGAUCCGGACAUCGAAGAAGGAUUAUUGUACUCGUACAGCAGGAACGGGAGCCGAAAUAGCGUUUUCUUUGGAAAUGGAAAUGGGGUUGAUCCUGUUCCGUCCCGGAAUCUUGGACCCAUUCCGGCCGCUCCGGUUUCCGUGUCUGUAGAAAAACCAGAACCAAACGAUACAGAUGCCACAAGCAUUCACGGCUGCAACAACUUUGAUAACGGCAUACAAGCAUGCACGGCAUCAACCAUCAUCAACGGCAGCAACAGCAACAGCAACAACGACACGAUAUCCUUUCGAGAGAUCCUUCCGAGGGACCGCACCCGGAUCCAAGAAUUGUUCGAGGAAUGGUUUCCGGUCGAUUACAAGGACGAGUUCUACGACGAUCUCUGCCAGAACCAGUCCAUGGGCUCGCAGCGGUUGUACACGCUGGUGGCAACCAUCACCACGACAGCAGCAAGAGCCCCUUUGUCUCCCGCCCCCGAGCCGCAGCGGGAACGGCUGAUCGCCUGCCUGCUGGGCUGCAAGCUCACCGCCAGCAAGCUCAACCGAACGAGCCGGAGGCUGCUCAUCCCGGGGUACGAGUCGCGAAAGACGGACCGCCCGGCUGGCCGCGGCGCGGGGGGCGACACAGAUCCCGCAAGCGACGACGAAAACGAAAACGAGUACCACUGCGACGGCGAGGAGGACCGCAGGUUUCUGGAUCGGACCGAGGUCUUCUACAUCAUGACGCUCGGUGUCGUCGGCGAAUACCGCAAGCGGGGCCUGGCCUCGUAUCUGGUGGAACGUGCCCUGGAAGACCAGAUCGGUGCCGCCGCCGCCACGGAACACAGCGACGGGAAGCAGCCCGACGGAACCGCGCUUUCCAAUGGCACCAAGGGCACCGAUCCGACCGAAGCAACGCGGCCCCCCUGCGAGACGGCCUACCUGCACGUCAUCGUCGACAACGAAGCCGCCAUCAAGUUCUACGAGAAACUCGGCUUUGUCCGGCUCCGGGAGAUCGCCGGAUACUACACCAUCCGGGACGAGAAGCACGCUUCCUUUCUGUACGCCAAGUUCUUCGACCGCGCCAGCCUCGAGAAACGCAGGGCCCGGCGCGCCCGGGCCGCGUGGAAGCGGUGGGUCCUGGCGGUCCCGGGCCGGCUGCUGGAGGCCCUCGCGGUGGGCCCCUGGCUGUGGUCGAUCUGGUCGUCCGUUCUGGUCCGGCACGGCCCGCCGCACGAGGGCCGCCAGGGCGGCGGUGGGGGGGGAAUGAAGCACGAUUGACGGGGACCGUGUGUGCGGGCGCUGGUGCGGCAAGCGAGGCGGAGGGAGGGGACUGCGGCAUCGGAACCGAUCGACCGGCAGGCACCGCAACUCGCAACGCAACAACUCGGGGGGAAACACGUUUUGGCACAUCGGUCUCGAUUGCGAGCAUAUGUAGUGU